GCAGGUAUGGUAGUUUCUGUCAUAGAAUUUAUUUAUAAAUCUGAAGAUACUAUGUACUAUGAUAUUGCUAUCCCAAAUAGUGAAGACCAGCAUCAUAUUGUGGAUUGCUAUAGGAUUUCACCUGAAUUACUAACUGAAGACUUUAUUUCAAAAUAUGGGAAUUAUAAUUACAUAAAAUGGUUUAGAGCUUAUAAGCAAUUAUAA